UAGUUUUCAGAUACGUAUUUUUCAAAACGGAAAUAAAAUCUAAUAUAAUAUUAAUUAAAUUAUUCGUGGACACUUGGAACAGUAGUAGACACUGAGCAAUGUGCGUUGGUACUGUUUAGACAAGAAUAUUAAAAUAAUAAUUAUUGUCACUGUUUGUAAAUGUAGUCUAUUGAUAACGAUUUGGCGUGGGUAUUAAACAUUUUGCUUUAACUCUGUACGGUGAAUACAUUGUACUUUAACUCGUUGAAUUAUUCGGCGACUGGAUUUUUGAUUUUUGAUUCUAAACGUUAUCCCACUGAGUGCGUUAAUAUCUUUUAAAUUUAAUUUAGUUUUCAAGUUGGUUGUUAAUCAUGCAGAUCAAUGACGCAAAAAGCAUAAUAUUUUAUAAUGGGCCAACUAGAAGAUCUUCUUGUGGUUACUGCAAGAAAGAAAAUUCCAGCUUUAGCACUGGAAUGUGGGCUUCAAGUCUUACAGUAGGAGCAUAUCAAGAUAUGAUUGAUCGUGGGUGGCGCCGUGCUGGCAAGUAUUGUUACAAAUCAUCGAUGGAAAAGACUUGUUGUCCACUUUACACUAUCAGAUGUGAUGCUUUAAAUGUUGAGUUAUCAAAGUCCCAGAAAAAAAUUAUAAAAAGAGUAACUACAUUUUUAAAAAAUGGGGAAUGUGAGAAAAAUCCAGUUAAUACUGAAUAUGCUGAAAGAGAGCCCAUCAUGAAAUAUGAAUUAGAAGAUAUACAAAAUCAUGAUGAUAAAAUGAAAAUUACUAACACUGACUUAUUUGACGAAGAUCAAAAUUCUUCUGUUAUUGGUUCUCAUAAUAGUAUUUUAGCUGCUAUAAAUAAAGAAGAUAGCAAAAUGGUUGUACCUCUUAAUUUAAGUUGCAACUCUGAAAUUAAGAAAGAAACCAAAAAAGUUAAGCCUGGCGAAGGAGCUAAUCCAAAUUUGCCGAUUUCAAAAAAAAAAAAAUUAUUACGUAUUCAAAAGAAACUAGCCAAGGAUCCAAAUUUUGUACCUAAAAAUUCAGCCCCUCAACAAAAGUGUUUGGAAGAAUUUAUUGCAGAGAAUGAUUCAGUAUCUACUGGUGAAGAUAAAAAGUUAAGAGUGUCCUUGGUCAAGACCGGUACAGAAGCAUUUGCUCAAACUUUCACUGCUGGAGCUGCCCUAUUUGCCAAAUACCAAAUAGCUGUGCACAACGACAAAGYAGAUGACUGUGAUAUGGAACAAUACUUAUCAUUUCUUGUUGAUUCUCCUUUGAAGGAGGAAAAAUCUAAACAUCCUGAUCAUCCGGGAUAUGGUUCAUUUCAUCAACAAUACUGGCUUGGUGAUAAACUAAUAGCUGUUGGAGUAAUAGAUAUUUUACCAAAAUGUGUAUCAUCUGUAUAUUUAUUUUAUGACCCAGAUUAUCAUAGUUUAGUGUUGGGAACUUAUAGUUCUUUGAGGGAAAUAUAUUUAGUUAGACAAUUGUAUCAAAUGUCCCCAAAUUUGAAGUAUUACUAUAUGGGCUUUUAUAUACACUCUUGCUCAAAAAUGCGCUAUAAGGCAAAAUUUCGACCAUCUUAUCUAUUGUGCCCCCUUAAAUACACAUGGCAUGCAAUUGACAAAUGCAUUCAAAAACUUGAUAAUGAAAAGUAUUCAAUAUUCAACGAGUCUGGUGACAUUCAAGAUGCUGAUAUUUYCACAAUAGAUAAUAUUCCAGUAUUGUAUCGUGGUUCAUUGAUGCCUUAUUCAGCGUUUAAAGUCAUUGGUAAUAACAAAGAUGAAGAAGAACGGGUUCAAGAAUAUAAAUUAUUAAUUGGGCCUAAACUAGCAAAGAAAUUAAUUUACUGCAUUAUGGAUUAAUUAUCAAUAGUUUCCAUCAUUAAAAUAUUGAUCUGAAAUUUUUAACAUUUUAUGAAUUAUGUCAAAAUGUAUUAUUUAUUUAGUUUUCAGUCUUUAUUAUGAAUWAACAUUUAUAUUAUAUACAAUUAUAAAACAUACUAUCAAGUUAA